AUGUGGGAUGCAAGAACUCAGAAGAAUGCUUCAUUGUUCAAUGGUCUUAAGUUUAGGUACAAGCUCUUCAGAUACUUAUCAUUCAGUUACCUUGGGAAUUUGGAUAAAGCUCACGUGGAGGAGAUCCCUCUAAAGAACGGAACUACUUAUUUGAGGAAACAACAUCUUCCUUGUCUACAAUUGCAAGGCUUCCUUGGGGCUCAAGAGCACUCUUUAAUGGGAGUCAAAAUGGUGAUGCUGUCAAUCCUCCAAUUCGCUUACAACUCUAUGAAUUUGUCACAGCAAAAAUUCUUCGUAGAGAUGUCUCAAUCAAAUCAACCUAAAAUUGAAGGUCCCUUUGGUAGUCCUAGAGUUAAUCAAUCCACAAUCUCUGAGGUCAAGAAGCAACGAAAACCUAGGCAGCUGGUGUUAGAAAAAGUUGUCAAAGAGGAUGUUGGUAAGGAAUUAGCUAAAUCAACAAAGAAAACGUUGAGAGCUCUUUUUCAGGAUUACAUACGAAUUCAUGCUGCUCCUACUUUUCCCUCCCCCUCUACCCCUUCUCCCUUGGCUGGUUCUUCAUCUAUUGAAUUCACUGAUAUAGAAGCAGAAGAUAUGGAGGAAGAAGAUAUAGACAUUUCAGGUGCAGAGAUUUCAGAAUGA